AUGGCGAGUGUACCACCACCGGCACGAGGCAAAGACAACGUCCAAUCACAAGGCUUGGUCUCCGGUGAUCUUCAUCAACUCCAGCAUGGCAAGGCUCCUCCGAGUGGUUCAUUUGAUACCGAAGCCUCUAACUUUGAUGGAGACACCGCUGUAGAGCGAAGAGAGCGACAUAAGUGGAUACCUGAGGAUGAUAUUUUGCUCAUCAGCUCGUGGUUAAACACGAGCAAAGACGUUAUGGUUGGAAACGAGCAAAGAUCAGACGCUUUUUGGUCAAGAAUUGCUGCCUACUUUGAUGCAAGAAGAGAGAGCGAAGCCACUGGUGGUGGCUGCGAACAGAGAGAGCCACACCAUUGCAAACAGCGUUGGCACAGGAUCAAUGACCUUGUGUCCAAGUUCUGUGGAGUGUAUGAAGCUGCUACUAAGGAGAAAAGAAGUGGACAAAACGACAAUGAUGUUCUCAAGCUAGCACAUCAAAUCUUCUACCACAAUCACCAUAAGAAAUUUACUCUUGAACACGCAUGGAAGGAGCUGCGUAACGACCAGAAGUGGUGCAACCUUGCCACUGCUAAACAUCUCAGUUCGAAGAAGAGGAAGUGUGAGGACGCCGCAAAUGCGAGUUCUAAGAAGAAGGUGGCAGAGGAGAAUUCUCUGAAUGGGUUUCAGAGUAUGUGGACAAUCAAACAGCAGGAUUUGUUGAUUAAGGAACGGUUGUCUAAGAUGAGUUUGCUCGACAGUUUGCUUGGGAAGAAGGAACCUCUAGCUGAGCAUGAAGAGGCCCUCAAGAAGAAACUGAUCGAUGACUUGAUUUCUAGCUAG